UGCUUUUGCAUUAAUUACACUCUUAACCCUCCUUCUUCACCCUUCAACCUUCUCCCCUCUCUCCAUACGCCAUUUCUUCUCCACCUUCACCUUCUCUCUCUACAAUGGCGACACUGAGAACACUACUGCAUUUAUCUCUCCUUCUCUUCCAUUUCUCCUUCCUCGACGCUGCUUCAAACCCAGACGCUGAGGCCUUGCUGUCCUUCAAAGCCGCUGCUGAUACUAAUAAUAAGCUGUGGGAUUGGAACUCCAGCGCCGACCCGUGUGGGUGGACUGGCGUUUCUUGCCAGAACAACCGGGUUUCUCGCCUCGUUCUUGAAGGUUUCGAGCUCCAUGGCUCGUUUCAGCAGCUUGCUUCGCUGACGCAGCUCCGGGUUCUUAGCCUAAAGUGGAACCGGUUCUCGGGUCCUCUCCCUGACCUUUCUAAGCUCACGGCACUGAAGCUGUUGUUUCUUUCGUACAAUGAGCUCUCCGGCGAGUUUCCGGCGUCUCUGACGUCGUUGUUCCGGCUGUACAGGCUUGAUCUGUCGCAUAAUAAUUUCUCCGGCGAGAUUCCGGCGAAUGCGAGCCAUUUGACUCACCUGCUCACCCUCCGCCUCGAGGAAAACCGGUUCUCCGGUUCGAUUUCCGGCGUUAACCUCCCGAAUCUCCAGGAUUUCAAUGUCUCCGGGAAUAGACUUGUUGGGGAAAUACCCGCGUCUCUCUCUGGUUUCCCCGAAUCCUCAUUUGCUAACAACCCCGGUUUUUGCGGGGCUCCGUUGCCGAAAUGUGCGCGGGUCACCGGUGACCCGACCCGACCCGGUGGUGGUGCAUUAGCGUCGCCCGUGGGCCCGGCGAUAACGGUAGCAUCUUCCCCAAGCUCAUUGCCGGCAACAACCACUAUGCCUAUGAAACCGGGGAACAGUCACCGGAGUGGGGCCAGCAAGAUCAGCAAGCUGGCAAUAAUCGCCAUAAUACUCGGCGAUGUUUUAGUCCUCGCCAUGGUCUCUAUACUCGUUUACUGCUACCUAAAUGCAAGAAAAACCUCUCAAUCCCACAAGUCCCAAACCCUAGAGGGCGAAAAAAUCGUCUACUCCUCGAGCCCGUACCCGGUUUCCUCCCAACCGGGCGGGUUCGAGCGAGGGAAAAUGGUGUUCUUCGAGGGGGCGAAGCGGUUCGAGCUGGAGGAUUUGCUGAGAGCCUCGGCGGAGAUGCUGGGAAAAGGCGGCUUCGGAACCGCCUACAAGGCGGUGCUAGACGACGGCAAUGUGGUGGCCGUGAAGCGAUUGAAGGAAAUGUCUACUGGUGGAAGGAAAGAUUUUGAGCAGCAAAUGGAGGUGUUGGGAAGAUUAAGGCACUCUAAUUUGGUAAGCUUGAAAGCUUACUAUUUUGCCAGAGAUGAGAAGCUCUUAGUCUAUGAUUACAUGCCCAAUGGGAGCCUCUUUUGGCUUCUUCAUGGAAACAGGGGACCUGGAAGGACACCAUUAGACUGGACCACACGGCUAAAGAUUGCAGCUGGGGCUGCCCGAGGAGUAGCUUUCAUUCACAGUUCUUGCAAGACCCUCAAGCUCACACACGGUAAUAUCAAAUCGACAAACAUUCUCAUUGAUAAGGCUGGUAAUGCCAGGGUCUCUGAUUUCGGGCUAGCCAUCUUUGCAUCACCCUCCACCGCACCAAAGUCCAACGGCUACCGGGCGCCUGAAGCAGCCUUGGAAGGUCGCAAAAUCACCCAGAAAUCUGAUGUCUAUUCAUUCGGGGUUCUGUUACUGGAGCUGCUAACCGGGAAGUGCCCCACCGUUGUAGACAAUGGUGGCCCCGGGGCAGGCUAUGGGGGAGUCAUUGAUUUGCCGAGGUGGGUGCAGUCUGUGGUGAGGGAGGAGUGGACAGCGGAGGUGUUCGAUCUCGAGCUAAUGAGGUACAAGGACAUUGAGGAAGAAAUGGUGGGGUUGUUGCAGAUAGCAAUGGCGUGUACCUCGGCCUCCCCGGAUCAACGGCCCAAGAUGAGCUAUGUGGUGAAAAUGAUAGACGAACUGCGUGGUGCAGAGGUGUCACCGUCCCACGAUUCUGUCUCGGACUCGCCUGCCGUCUCAGAAGACACCUGCGGAGCUAGUCAGUGAUGAGCACCAUUUAGUGACAAAAAGUUUUUUCUUGCUUAUAAUUCUCAGCUUUGUACAUUAGGCCUGCCUUCAUCAUUUUCAUCUCUUCCUCUAUUUUUUAGCAUGUCCUAAGGUCUAGGAACAUGAUUUAUAAAGGAAGUCUCACCUUAAAAUUUGGAUUUCUC